AUGUGUAUCUUUGGCCAUAGUCCCGAGCUCUCACUAAGUAGAAACGCACCUAUCUACGUUCCACCCCUACGCGGUGUUGUAAAGAUGACCGAAACCACAGUCCCUCCCUGGCUGCUUCAGCGUAUGAACAAUCUGAUCCACAAGAAACCCUCACCGUACGAGUCCAGCUUCUACGGGCCCCUAGGCACUCUAUUCUCGGAGUACUUUCGGCCGAUCGAUGGAUUCAUGGUCAAGUCUCAGCCAAGGAUCCGCAUGAAUUAUCACGGAGACGAUGGCGAUGAACAAAAGGGUAGAAGCGAGGAUGCGGAUGCGGAUAGCGAGGACUAUUGGUACAUGGACGAAGUCGAGGCACUGCUGGCCGAAAGCAGCGGUGAGAGCAAUGGCGAGGGCGACGAUGAGUCAGAUGCGGGGAACAUCUCUCGCGACUCCUCCGAAGCUGUCCUCCAUCUCCUUGCCGAUAAAGCCACAGGGCUGGAGGACGAGAGAAACGGCGAGACUGACGGUGAUGCCAGCGAGUCAAAUGAGAACAACGUCUUCCAUGACGACUCGGAAAUCGUUCUUAAUCUUCUGGCCGAUACCACCACAGAUUCAAUGGGCCAAACGGUCACCAAGAAGAUGAAGAAACUCGAUACCGGAACCCCUGAUUUUAUUAUCUGCCAGGGAUCAUCAGAUUUGCAGUCUGAUGUCCCCGUUCUCUUGGCAGAGGUCAAGAGGAACACGGCCACCAGGUCAUCCGCCAUGACACAGAUUCAUAGAUAUGUCUCAAUCCUCAUGGGAAAACCGAAUGCCACGCAUGUUGUCGCGCUUCUCAUCCUGGGAGCGGAGACAUGGGAGUAUACCUGGAAUGCGGUCGAGAAGCAAUGGACGCACGACGAUGUUCGUGUCGUGACGGGAGACGAAGAUUUCCGCAAGAUUCUACAACGGGAAGCAGAUAAGAACAGACGCCUCCCGAGUCAGAUAUCUUGA